GUGCAACGUUGAUUUUUUUUAAAUAAAUACCGAAUAUUGAAUGGCAUUUCCACUUUGCCUCCAAUUUUCUGCCUUCUAAUCAAAAAAAUUACGAUUUUACACAAAAUCAUAAUAAACAAAAUCAGUACUACAUUAUGAUCUGUCAUCUGUAUCAUCUAAAGUAGUGUCAAACACAAAAAUCCUAAUAUUUUUCAUUUUUGACGAAGAUUUUGACCAGAGAGUAACCUUAGUAAGGUUACCUUACUCCUCAUUGGUUUACAUCGUUUUUCAUCAUAACUUUCAACUCGAUUUGUUUCGUUGCACAUUAUACUUCAAAAACUAUAUUACCAAUGGAUGUCGAUGACUGUCCAUAUCGCGUUGAAUAUGCGAAAAGUAGCAGAGCAAAAUGUAAAGGAUGUAAAGAAAGUAUUGAAAAGGAUCAUUUACGACUUGCUGUUAUGAUUCAAUCUCCUAUGUUUGAUGGUAAGAUGCCAAAUUGGUACCAUUUUAGUUGCUUUUUUGCAAAACAGCGUCCAAAAGAGGUUUCAGAUAUUGCUCACUUUGAGUCAAUUAGAUGGGAAGAUCAAAAAAAAAUUCAAGCUAAAUUAGAGUCUGUUAUUGGAACUGUUAUUGAGUCAGUGUCGGAAAAAAAGAAAACUGCUAAAAAACAAACUGUAAACAAAGAUUUUAAUGUGGAAUAUGCAAAAUCAGGACGUGCUGUUUGUUGUGGAUGUCAAGAUAAAAUUGUAAAAGAGGAUAUUCGAGUAGGUAAAAUGGAUUAUGAAGCUGAAGAAGCACGUCGUUUUGGUGGAAUAAAUAGAUGGCAUCACUUAGAAUGCUUUGUUAAACUUAGACAAGAUUUAGGUUUCUUGGCUGCUGCUUCUACUUUAUCUGGUUUUACUAAUUUAAAAGCAGAAGAUAUAACUAAAUUGAAUAAUCUUUUACCUAUCAUUGCACCUAAAACUACUACAGCUGAUUACUUAGAUACAAUUGAUGGACCCAGCUCUAAUAAGAAGUCUAAGCCGAAUGUUUCAGAUGAAGCAAUAAAAAAACAAAAUAAAUUGAUUUUUAAGUAUUUGGAUUAUUUAAAAACUAUACGCUCUAGUGUAUGCAAAGAACUUUUAGAAUAUAAUAAACAAGAAAUACCAGAGUCUAAUCUUGGAGCAAUAUAUGAUAGAUUGUCAGAUAUAAUGUCUUUUGGUACUUUGUUACCUUGUGAUGAAUGUAAUGGUCAACUUGUAUUUAGAAGUGGUAUUGGAUAUCAAUGCUUAGGUUAUAAAAAUGAAUGGUUAAAAUGUGAAAAAAUCUUCUUCAAUCCACCUCGUAUUGAAUUCAGAGUUCCUUCUCAUCUACUUGAAGAUGAUACAUUUCUUAAAAAAUAUAAAUGCAAUAUUCAUAAUCGAUUAUUUGUAGUUUCAUCAAAAGAAUCAUCAUCAACUACUACAAACAAUAAGCGAGAAAUUAAAGUUACACGUAUUGUACCUUUAAAAAAUAUGGAAUUUACAACUAUAUUAAAAGGUUCAGAAUUAAAAGAAAUAAAACUGAAAGUAUCAAAGUUUGGUGGUACAUUAGUUUCUCAAUGUACUAAAAAUGUUGCUGCAGUUUUUGCCUAUCAAGACAGUGUUGGUAAAAAAAGUGUUAAAAUAAAAGAAGCUCAAGAAUUAGAUAUUGAAGUUGUUAAUCCCACUACAUUUUUUGAUGCUAUUGAUAAAGGUGGUAAUGCAAUUGACUUGAUAUCUGAACAAAACCUAGCUCCUUGGGGAGGAAAAGCUAAAGAAAGAAUAAUAAAAAGACAAAAUGAAUUGGAAGUAGAAGAGAAAAACAAAAGAAAUUUGAAAAGUAAUUCUUAUGGAAAAAGUAUGUAUGAAAAAAGUGUGCCAACAAGCGUAAAGUUGAUUUUAAAGGGAGGAGUUGCUGUUGAACCACAAUCUGGACUUGAACACAAAGCACAUGUUUAUAAGCAUAAUGAUAAAGUGUGGAAUGCAAAUUUAUGUUUGUCUGAUGUACAGACUGGUAAAAACUCUUAUUAUAAAUUACAAUUACUAGAGUCUGAUAAUAAAAAUUACAGUUAUUGGGUAUUCCGUUCUUGGGGAAGAAUUGGUACAACAAUAGGUGGUUGUAAAACAAAACAGUAUGAUACUUUAAAUGAUGCCAAACAUGAUUUUGAAUCUUAUUAUGAAGAACAAACAGGAAAUUUAUGGAAAAAUAGCAAACAUUUUAUUAAAAUACCGGGUAAAAAAAUUCCUGUUGAUACUGAUUAUGGACAGGAUGAAGCAAAAAGUAUUGAUUUUAAGAGUAACAUACCUUGUAAAUUAUCCGAACCUGUACAAAAUCUGAUACGUUUACUUUUUGAUGUGGAAUCUAUGAAAAAAGUUUUGUAUGAAUUUGAAUUAGAUUUACAAAAGAUGCCUUUAGGAAAAUUGAGCCGUAACCAAUUGCAACAUGCAUAUUCUACUUUAAGUGAACUAAAUAGUAUAAUAGAUUCUUGUGAUGAAAUAAGCAAAAAAGAAAAAGUUAUUAUGACUACCAAUAAGUUUUAUACUCUGAUACCACAUGAUUUCGGUGUCAAAACCCCUCAACUUAUUGAUUCAAAAGAAAUUCUUAAAGAAAAAUUAGAAAUGAUUGAAAGUUUGUUAGAAAUUCAAAUAGCUUAUAGUUUGAUGGAAGUGAAAACUGAAGACUCAACAUUACAUCCCAUUGAUACACACUAUAUGAAAUUAAACUGUUCUAUUGAUGUAAUACAUUCAGAUAUGAAUGAGUACAGUAUUAUUGAGCAGUAUGUUAAAAAUACUCAUGCUGAAACCCAUAGUUCUUAUUCAUUGAGUAUUAAAAAUGUUUUCAAAGUAAAUCGAACUGGCGAAGAUAAACGAUUCAAACCAUUCAAAAAGUUACACAAUCAUAAACUAUUAUGGCAUGGUUCACGGAUUACUAAUUUUGCUGCUAUUCUUUCUCAAGGUUUACGUAUUGCUCCCAAAGAAGCUCCAGUAACUGGUUACAUGUUCGGUAAAGGUAUUUAUUUUGCUGACAUGGUAUCAAAAUCAGCUAACUAUUGUAUGGUUUCUCAUGGCAAUAAUACUGGUUUAUUACUAUUAUGCGAUGUUGCAUUGGGUAAUAUGGAUGAACAUAAACAAUCUGAAUAUAUAGAAAAGCUACCACCUGGAAAACACAGCUGUAAGGGAAUUGGUAGGACAGUGCCAAAUCCUGCUGAAUCAUUAUUUAUUGAUGAUAAACUCGAGGUUCCUAUUGGCAAACCAAUUCCUUCCAAUGUUGAUGACACUUCAUUACUUUACAAUGAAUUUAUUGUAUAUGACAUUUCUCAGGUAAAACUUCGUUAUUUGGUCCAAGUGGAGUUUAAUUUUAAUUAUUAGAGUUAUAAUACAAGUAAUAAGUACCUAAUGUUCAACUGCCUUACUAUUUUAUUACCAUUUAAAUUUUUUUUUACUUUUUUUAAAGCAGUUCCAGUUGUAUUAUUAUACAUUUUUUUUU